CAUCACUGUUCACUACUAAUAUUGUAAGACGGAGACAACAAAUGUCGAUGUAACGUCCUCUAUAAUAUUACAAACAAUAAUUGUUAAUAGGUAUUUGGAUGUAUACAGUAUACGUGAGCUCUAAUUAUGUUAUAUUUGAAAGAUUUUGGUGCGAUAUUCUUCGACUCGAAUAACGAUAACGACAUGUGCCAAAUCGUUUACUCCGUUAUAUUAUUUAUCACUGCCAUAAUUAUGGCGAUUAUGUCACCCUACGUAGUACUCGAGUUUGAUGACUGGUCGGAAGCAUUUUCAAUGUCUAUGUCGCUGAUAAUAUGUACUACAGUGAACAUUUCUUCAUGUUUAUCAAGAAUGGUCGUUACAUACAACGUCAAGUUUAAAUAUCAAAAGUAUAAGACGACAUUGGAGGGAUUCGAAAUUUAUAUACCAACGAACACCGUCGCCUUGAAACACAUCAAGUAUUUUUCUUUCGUCGUGAUUUUCUUGUGUAUGAGUGUUAUCAUACCCAUAAAUGGCUUAAAAUUGUAUUACAUAUUUCAUAAUCACGUCAAUCCCAUUUUGAUGACGACGUAUUUUUUUUUCUAUUACAUUCACAACCUGAGCAUGGUGUGCACGGAAUUGCACUUCGCCAUCCAGUGUUUUGUGGUGUACACGAAGUUUCGAGAUAUACACGAGAAGUUAAUUCAAAUAAAUGACGAACAGAACUAUUACAACUACAAUAUACGAGUACGAUAUCCGUUUACUGUAAACCGAAUGACGCCCAAGAGGAGUGAUGCUACGUCGCCGUGUGAUAUCAUAUACGAAAAAGAUUUUUACUGUUCAAAGGCCAAAGUAAGUCCAUUGGCGAACACUAUCGAACUUUUGAGAAUUAAAUAUUGGUUAACUCGAGAAGCUGUGAAUGACCUAAAAGGUUUGUUUGGUUUUCAAAUGGGUCUGUCGAUCAUUUGCAUAGCGACAUUGACAUUAUUCGAUAUAUAUACGGAAGUAUUUUAUUCGAGGGCAUACAGUGCAUAUUAUAUACCCGUAUUUCGAUCCAAUUUUCUAUUUAUUGGGUGGAUGCUGCAAUAUACUUCAAGGAUUUGUAUCAUCGUUUUCACUGCACACACUGCAACUAAACAGGUGGUUAAAAUCAAAAAGCUUAUAGCAGAAAUGAACAACCGAUACUUAGAUUUUAGUACGAAAGAAGAGUUACACUUAUUUUAUUAUCAACUGUCAAUCUGUCCAUCGGAGUUAACCAUUUUUGAUACCUUUACUAUAAACAAUAGUAUUAUAACUUCGGCGAUUGCUGCUGGGUCAACAUACAUCCUAAUAUUAGUACAAAUUCAUUCUGAAAAAUAAAUUUAUUUGGAAUACAUUUUUAGAUGAAUCUAUUUAUACAAAAUUAUAUUAAAUACACAUAAUAUGCAAAAUGUUAUUAUUGUUAAAUGUUUAUAUGAUAUACUUUUUUUCUUAACUGAGUAAUUUUAUUGUUUUUGUUUUUAAUACUUUUAAUACAAUAAACAUUAUAGUUAAUAAAAACUACAAAAAAAUAUAACCAAAUUAAAUCCGA